AUGGACACCAAAGUGGAAAAGAGGGAACACUGGGGGAAGAAAAGGGAAUAUAUUCUGGCAGUAGCAGGCAAUGUGGUGGGCCUGGGCAAUGUGUGGAGAUUCCCCUACCUGUGCUACAAGAAUGGAGGAGGUGUCUUCCUGUUGCCUUACCUCUUCUUUGCUUUGCUGUGUGGUGUACCACUGUUCCUGCUGGAGACUGUGAUUGGUCAGUACACACAGGAAGGCGCCAUCACCUGUUGGACCAAGAUCUGCCCACUAUCAAUAGGAGCUGGCUAUUCUAUCAUUGUGAUCCAGCUGUAUGCCACCAUCUACAUCAUGAUCCUGGCCUGGUCCCUCCUCUACCUCAUCUACUGUUUCAGAGGCACUCUACCCUGGGCUACCUGCAACAAUCCUUGGAACACAGACAGAUGUGUGGACCAUACCUCUGAAAACUGGACUGCUAUACACAGUGGCAACCAGACAGUAAACUGGACAUCCGGAAAUUUCACCAAGUCUUCAGUCUCUGAGUUCUGGGAGAGGGGAGUGUUGUCCAUGUCUGGGGGGAUAGAUGAGGUUGGCACAGUAAAGUGGGAGCUGCUGCUUUGCCUCCUGGCCUGUUGGGUGGCCUGCUACUUCUGCAUCUGGAAAGGUGUCCGCUCCACAGGAAAGGUGGUGUAUGUCACAGCAUUGUUCCCCUAUGUUAUGCUGGCCAUCCUGCUGGUGAGGGGGUUAACUCUGCCAGGAGCCUGGCACGGUGUGGUCUACUACCUGUAUCCAGAACCUUCUCGUCUGGCAGACAUUCAGAUAUGGAUGGAAGCCUGUGGUCAGGUCUUCUUCUCCUAUGGAGUAUCAGCAGGGACCUUAAUCACUCUGAGCAGCUAUAACAAAUUCAAGAACAACUGUUACAGGGACAGUCUAUUGUUGUGUGUACUCAACAACGGUACCAGCUUCAUUGCCGGCUUUGCAGUUUUCUCAGUUCUGGGCUUCAUGGCCCAUUCCCAAGGAAUUCCCAUCGACAUAGUUGUCCAUUCAGGACCUGGGCUGGCGUUCAUAGCAUUUCCUCAGGCUGUCGCCAUGAUGCCUCUGCCUCAGUUGUGGGCUGUCUGCUUCUUCAUCAUGCUCAUUAUGUUGGGGCUGGACACAACGUUUACAGGACUGGAAGCUAUCACAUCAUCAGUGAUUGACAUCUUCCCAGGAACGAUGGGCAAACCCUGGCGUAGAGAAAUCUUCCUUCUCCUCUUCUGCUCUGUCUGCUUCAUCAUACAGAUCCUCCUCACCACUAAGGGAGGAAUCUAUCUGUUCCAGCUGGUUGAUUACUAUGGUGCUAAUGGAGCAUGUUUAUUAUUUGUGGCUCUGGUCCAGUGUGUCGCAGUUGGGUGGUCCUUUGGGGCUGAACGGUUAUGUGAUGCAGUUGAAGAUAUGACAGGACAGAGGCCAGGGAUUUUUUUCAAACUGUGCUGGCGUUAUUUCACCCCUCUGAUCUGCAUGGUUUGCUUCAUAGGCUUAUUUGUGGACUACAAGCCCCUGACAUCUGGGGACUAUGUGUACCCAGACUGGGCCUACUAUCUGGGCUGGGCCAUGGCCCUAUCCUCUAUAGUUCUGACACCCCUCUGGGCUAUUGGCAAGAUCUGCCUCACCAAGGGCUCCCUCAGACAGCGUCUUUUGGUCCUUUGGCAUCCUUUUAGUGACCCCGUUGGUCCCAAGACAAACAAAGAAAGUCUCCUGAAUGACACAGAGAUGAAACCAAUGUCAGUCCCUCUCAUGUCAUGAGUUUGUAUGUACUGUAGGUCUGUAUCUGUAUAUACCCAGAGUAUUUCUGAAAUGUUGUAAAAGAAAAGCGUAUUACAUCAGACAAUGUGAAAGUACUUUGCAUAAUACUAUGAAAACAUCCUAGGAUCCUUAUAUAAUAUCUUUACACAUUUGCUCUUUACAUUUAUUAUAUGGGCAUGUUUUAGCAAUAUGAUAUACCGACAGUGUGCUAUGUCAGUAUUAUGUAAUAUGAGUUGUCGUUUUUGUCCUUGCAUUUAUUCAAUUAAAUAUAGACGGAUGUGCCUAUUUA